AGUUGCGUUCGUUCAGUCUUUCCAAAACGGUGUAUAGUUUUCGUUGUUAAUACUAUGGCUUUAACAUGUCUCAAGCCUACAUUGAAGUUACAAUUAUUUUUUCGCUUUUUAAUUUAGUUUCAAUUCAGAAGUACAACGUUUAAGUGUAUAAUAAUUUUAUUUCGCCAAUGAAUUUUAUUCUACGUUUAUUAAUAUUUAUGAUUUGAAUCUCGAUUCUAACUAUCCGACAACUGCGGUCGCGGAGUAUUGGCUUUUUUAAACUUGUAGUGCGAAAAAAAAUAUCAAUCGACAGCCACUGUACGAGACGGCCCGUGACAAGAUAUAGCUACCGAGAUGAUUGGCAAAGACAUAAUCAUGGCACGUCAACAGUAUAAAGUUGGAACUUCUAUAAACAAUUUGUUGAGCUCGGGACAGAUAUUAUUAUCAAUAAUACUAAUAUUAGUUGAUUUUUCUAAUUCGUCGAUAACCUGUGGACCUGGAAUAUAUUCACCUGGAGGAACCAUUCCGAGUGGUGACAUUUUCCUUGAAUACAACAGUAGUACUCCGUUGGAAAUUACAUGCAUUUUAAAUCCUGAUCACGAUUUACUACGGAAAAUGGUCAGAGACGAUGUUGCCGAUGGUAACAAAUCAAAACUACCAAGCCAUAGAAUCAGAUUCUAUAAGAACGACGGACGCGUAGCCCAACAAUAUAUAACGAUCAUCAAUUCGACGGCGGCCCAAUUACGCGUAUCAAAUCCUCCAGCAAGUUUCGAUGUCUAUUCAUGUCUGCUAUGUUUGGACGAAAACGACAACAGUGUCGAUUUAUUCAAAACGUCUGAUAUGUCAUCAAUUAAUAUGGCUCUACGAAAUAGCAUUAACACGAUUGGAUACCAUCCAAAGGAUUCACAUGAUUUAGACAUCGGCGUGUGCCUUAACAAUGUUUUCGUCGGAUAUAAACCACUCAACAUUACAAAUUUCUCUUGCGUCUCUAACAACUGGGAAAAUUUAACAUGCAAUUGGACUAAACCGGAAAACCCGAUAAAAACUACUUAUAAGAUAUACUUCAGAUUGCCUGGCCGUGCUUUUAGCAGAAGUUUCACAAAUUGUCCUACAGAUUCGGAUGUCAGAGAGAAUAGUUGUUAUUGGGAUUUGACUACUACACCGUUAUACAGACAAUCAUACGAGUAUUAUUAUUUCUCAAUAACCGGCGAAAAUGCACUGGGAAAAUCAUCAAUGCCAAUUCGUUUUCACCAUUACGCCAAUAUUAUUCCAACGAAACCUACAAAGAUUGCAGCGAUUGACCAAACAGAAUCUAGUGUCAAGCUCGUGUGGUCCAUAGGUACAAUGUCUUUUUAUUCACACGGAUUAGUUUAUAAGAUUCAGUAUAAAUCUCAAUGGGAUUCCAAUCCGGAACACUGGCAGACUAUAAUUGUAAAUGACAAAUGCAACUCGCAAUCGACAUCUCUUCAAACCACUUCAGUCCAAAAUAUGAACUGUGUGGAACAUGACGCAGACAGGCAUCACUUCACCGUCUCCGGUUUAAAAUAUCCGUUUGCGCGUUACGAUUUUCGCAUAUACCUCCGGACGGCGCUUGCUGGUGGGGAUAACAAGUGGUCCGCUCCUGGUUACAUCACUGUCAACACCAAGCCCACGAUUCCUAAAAGACCACCGCAAACUGACAUUGGGAGCUUUCAAAGUAUCACAUCGCCGUCAGACAAAUCCAAAAGGGACGUGUUAGUUUAUUGGAAAACUAUUGAAGACAACGAAAAAUGUGGUGAAUCAUUUGAGUAUAUUGCUUAUUACGUUUAUACGACAGCAGAUAAACUAACCAUCACUCGUCGUAGCGACGAAAUGUAUAAGAAUUACGCCAAGUUCAAUCGCCUCAGUACCAGCAUCGGAUACGAGUUUAUAGUAUUAUCAUACAAUAAAGAAGGUUAUUCUACAGAAUGUUCAAAAGUUUAUGUACCUAGCGAAUCAAACACACUCGAUAAACCAUUAUCGUUGACGAAAAACGUAUUUGACAAACAAGGGAUUUUUGAACUAACCUGGAAAGGCGCCGAUACUCAAAAACUAUCCACUGCUACUUCAUUAGAUUAUUAUACUUUAUUUUGGUGUGAAAAAGACCUGAUCAACUCGCAGCAGUGUAAUGGUUAUAUGAACUGGAUGCAUUUACCGAUUACAGUAUCUCGCUACAAUACUACUGUGUUCGACAACAUGGAAAAGUAUAUCUUUGCAAUAAGUGCCAACAGUGAAAAUCCUUCAAGAUAUGGUUUAAAUAACCUUGAAGCUAGUAGUAGCGGAAUGGUGUGGGAGUCAUUUGAUGACAAUGUAAAGAACGUUUGGGUUAGUGUGAUUGGCUCGACCUUUGUGGGUUUGAGCUGGAGAGUCUACUGUGACGACAAGACUGGUUUAGUUGUUGGAUAUCAAGUAUUUUACUGUCCCGUAAUUACCAUUAAAAGUAAAAUUUGUAAAGAACCCAUGGAAGUUAAAUUAGUGGAUGAAUUGCAUCAAGACGAUUGCGUAGGUUCUAUACUAGUUUCAGAUUUAAAACCCUACACGUCAUAUUUAGUAGCCAUUUCAAUAUUUACGAGUAACGACCAAACCAUAAAUGUUGAUAUUCCUAUCAAAACAUUGGGACCAAUAUUAAUUUGAAAAUAUUACAAAAGUUAAGAAGUACAAAUAUAUUAUUAUAAUUUUUUUCACUAUUACACUUACUGUUUGUCAGAAUCCUAUUAUUUUUAUUAUAUUACUUUAAUUAUUUAUAUAUUAUUAUAAUAUAAUUAUUAAAUUAUGUGUGUACCUGAAAAAAAUAGAUUCCAUUUAAGGUAUUGUUAU